CAAAACUUCCUUUUUAUUUCAGUCUUCGAUGUUCAGAACUUCCUUCUUCAAACUCUACCAUAUCUUGUAGGGUUUCGAGUCUCAACACCUUCCAAAACCCUAAUUUUCAAGUUUUGGAUCGUAGCAAUGAACCCUUUAACUCUUGUGAAACGGAUUCAGAAGAUUAAUUCACAAGAAGCUGCCUUAGGGAUUUCGGAAAGCGCUUCAUGGCACGCCAAGUACAAGGAAUCGGCCUACGUGUUCGUUGGCGGCAUUCCGUUUGACCUUACGGAAGGUGAUCUCCUCGCAGUUUUUUCCCAAUAUGGAGAGAUUGUUGAUGUGAAUCUUGUUAGAGACAAGGGGACGGGAAAAUCCAAGGGUUUCGCCUUUGUUGCAUAUGAGGAUCAAAGAAGUACAAAUCUUGCAGUAGAUAAUUUGAAUGGUGCACAGAUUCUUGGGCGAAUUAUAAGGGUUGAUCAUGUGAGCAACUAUAAAAAGAAAGAAGAAGAAGACGAAGAGACAGAGCGGCAGAAGAGGGAGGCUCGGGGCGUGUGCCGUGCUUUUCAGAGAGGUGAAUGUACUCGUGGAGCCGGGUGCAAGUUUUCGCAUGAUGAGCAAAGAGCUUCAAACACUGGUUGGGGUUCAGAGGAUAAAAGUUCCAGGUGGGGACACGACAAGUUUCAGGGUUCAACAAAGAGUGAUGGAAGACCUAACAGCAUACCAACAAAUCGUGUUCAUGAGCCUACAGUUGGAGAAGGGCAUAGAUUUGGCAAUAAGGAUGCAAGAAGUUCCCGAACAAAGGGCAGUGAGGGGGGAAGAGAAAGCCAUCAUAGAAGAAGUGAAUUGGAUAUAAGAGACCAAGAUGGCAGAGGUCUUGAGAGACAAAUGGAACAGAAGGAGAAGGAAUUGAAUUACAAGGAAGACCAGGAUAGGCAAACUACUGAGAGGAGGUCUGGAAGGUCUGAUUCAAAUCCAAGUGAAGAUCAUGAUAGGAGGGGGGAAGACCAGGAUAUUAGAGCUACUGAAAGAAGGUCCAGAAGGCAUGAUUCAAAUCCAAGUGAAGAUCAUGAUAGGAGGGGGGAAGACCAGGAUAUUAGAGCUACUGAAAGAAGGUCCAGAAGGCAUGAUUUUGAGUCGAAUCCGAGAGAAGAUGAUAGGAAGGAAGAAGACCGGGAUAGGCGAGCUACUGAGAGAAGGUCCAGAAGGUCUGAAUUUGAGUCAAAUCCAAGAGAAGAUCAUGAUAGGAGGGAGGAAAAGAGAUCAAGAAGGCAUGAGUUGGAAUCAAAGCCAAAAGAAGAUCAUGAUAGAAGGGAGGAAAAGCAAUCAAGAAGACACGAGUCAGAAUCGUAUCUAAGAGAAGACCACCGAGAUGAGAGAGGGGACAAGCGGUCAGGCCAUAGCAGAGAUACUGCUUCCCAUCGUCAUAGAGAGAGAUGAUCAUCCGCAUAAAACAGCCAUAACAUUCCUGAGUGAAACUCACAUAGAUAGGAUCCUCUCUGGUCUUGGAAGCAGAAGCUGUUAGUUUGCUGGGAAGCACUUGUGUGCACCAUGAUUAUCUUCAUCCUGUCGUGAAGCAUGUGAACCUUUCUGGUUGCCCAAGGCUCCUUAUUUUGUUUGGAAAUGAUUAACCAGCAACCAUGGUUCAGCUUCACUGACAUUUACUACCUAUAGAGGUGUGUCCUCAUCAGAUUGUUUUGUGGAUAUUUUCAUUAUUAAUUGAUGUACGCUUUAAGUGCAGUUCUGUAUGAAAACAAAGUGAAAAUAUCAAUUUUUCUUUUAUCAACCAUGGAACAUUUGGGUUCCAUAUUA